CGCAAUUGAUUGAUAGAUAAUCGGGGCGUCCGCCGCAUCGGAGGUUGCUGUUGUAGACACCCCCCACCUCCGCCCCAACCUUUCCUCUCCUUCUUCUUCUUCUUCCUCUCCCUUCCUCGCCACCAUAGCCAACCAAUCCCUAAUCCUCAAUCUCUCUCUUUCUGUACAUAUCCUUCGUUGCCCCUUCCUCUCCGGAAUAAGACCUCUCGAUCGGUGGGCUUCUUCGAUCGGCUCGGUCGGUGAUGGCGAAGCAAGGGCAGCCGGGGAUAGAGCCGGGGGCACUGGACGAGAUAAUACAGAGGCUUUUGGGGUUCCGGAACAGCAGGGCCUGCAAGCAGGUCCAGCUCACGGAGAACGAGAUCCGUCAACUCUGCUUGACCUCCCGGGAGAUCUUCCUCUCGCAGCCCAACCUUCUCGAGCUCGAAGCCCCCAUCAAGAUCUGCGGUGACAUUCACGGGCAAUAUUCAGAUCUUUUGAGGCUUUUCGAAUAUGGAGGUUUUCCACCGAAUGCAAACUAUUUAUUUUUAGGAGACUACGUGGACCGUGGCAAGCAAAGUUUGGAGACUAUAUGCCUUCUGCUAGCUUACAAAAUAAAAUACCCUGAGAAUUUCUUCCUUCUGAGAGGAAAUCAUGAAUGCGCAUCAAUUAACCGUAUUUAUGGAUUUUAUGAUGAAUGUAAACGGCGCUUCAAUGUUAGGCUCUGGAGAACUUUCACUGAUUGUUUCAACUGCCUACCUGUGGCUGCCCUCAUUGAUGACAAAAUAUUGUGCAUGCACGGCGGCCUUUCUCCAGAUUUGAUGGACUUGGAUCAAAUAAGGAACUUGACUCGUCCAACUGAUGUACCAGAUGCGGGUUUGCUAUGUGAUUUACUCUGGUCAGAUCCUGAUAGGGAGGUUAAAGGCUGGGGAAUGAAUGACCGGGGAGUGUCUUACACCUUUGGUCCUGAUAAGGUGUCAGAAUUUUUAGCAAAGCAUGACAUGGAUCUCGUUUGUCGGGCCCAUCAGGUUGUCGAAGAUGGGUAUGAGUUCUUCGCUGACAGACAACUCGUGACUAUAUUCUCUGCCCCCAAUUAUUGUGGUGAAUUUGACAAUGCCGGUGCAAUGAUGAGCGUUGAUGAAAGCUUGAUGUGCUCGUUCCAAAUCCUCAAACCAGCAGAUAAGAAAGGAAGGUUCACGUGAUCCAAGAUGCAAUGACUGCUGCCACAGCCACUCUUUAUUGCUAAUAACAUGUGUCGUCAGUUGGGUGAUUUGGAGGUAUCACUUUGCAGAUGAAAGCUGUUCAAGUUGGAGUACUUGGAGGUUGAGGAGCUAACAUUUCAGUGUCAAUUUUCGUCCGCGUCCCAGUGCACUUUGAGUCGGAAGGUGUUUGAGUUAUUUGGUCCAAAGUGGAGGCAUAGACUGAAGCUUCAGCUUGGAACUUAUCUUGCAGAUUCCUAGGUGGUGGUGAGGGCCCGAUUUCGAUUUUUCUCCCCCCUCUUUUCUUCUUUUGCCAUGAUUAAAUGACCGAGAUUAUGGUGCCCGUUGGAAAUACAUUUUUAACUGUAAAUGAUAUUGAACAUGUAGAAUGUGGACACCGCAGCAGGAUCUUUUUUCUUAGCUUUCCAACUUGACACGGUGUCGGUAUGUGCUUGGAGACAGCAUUGAAUGCUAAACCAUUUGGUUCUACAGCCACAGCAAUUUGGUGUUUCUCUCU